CACCCAAUCGCCAAAGCAUUCGAUCAGCCGAUCAAUUAAACCGGCCCGGCCACUCCCAAGAAAAACAAAUGUCGGUGAAAUCAUCCAUUUAUUCCUCCAACAAUAACAUAGUACCAAGUACAAUUCUUGCUCUUAAAAUGGCAUGCUCUUAAUCUGUUUUUGUUAGUUAAAUUACUUCAUUUAUUGAUAUUUAAUUUAAUGGAAGCUCUAUUAAUUAACCGGAGCUCAUCAACUUCUUCUACAACCUCGGAUUCAUCCUCGUCGGAGUCAUCACUUUCCGCCGGCGCCGGAAAGGCCGGCCGGAGGAGGCUCGAGAGGAUCAAAGGGCCGUGGAGUGCGGAGGAGGACAAGAUUCUGACCCGGCUGGUGGACCGGUACGGUCCGCGGAACUGGUCCUUGAUCAGCAAGUACAUAAAGGGCCGGUCCGGGAAGUCUUGCCGGCUGCGGUGGUGCAACCAGCUCAGCCCCACCGUCGAGCACCGUCCGUUUUCUCCGGUGGAAGAUGAGACCAUCCUGGCCGCCCAUAAAAAGUACGGCAACCGGUGGGCCACCAUUGCCCGCCUGCUCCCCGGCCGGACGGACAAUGCCGUCAAGAACCACUGGAACUCCACGUUAAAAAGGAGAUACCAACACCACCUCCACCACCCCCAGCAGCAGUAUUUGACGGAAGUUUCUGACGGCGUCACCUCGGCGGCGUUCUUGAAUGUUAACGCCGGUGAGGGUAAAAUGGUAAAUAAAAUUACCGGUAGCUGUUGCAAUAGGGUGUUUCCGCCAAUGGGCCACUUGGAUGAUGACGUGUACAAUGAUCCCAUGACAGCCUUAUCCUUGGCGCCGCCGGGGAUGGGCGGACCCGGAGUGCCGGAGCGGCGGUCGGAGAGUUUGCCGGCGGGGUUUUGGGAUUUGAUGAGGGAGGUGAUCGCUAAGGAAGUGAGAGAUUAUGUGACGUCAUCCUUUUGUGGGCCGCCCACUCGCUUUCAUUAGGAUUAAUUAGCUCUAUAUGCCGAUGCUUAUUGUUGUUUUGUACUGCCAGUUAUUAUUAGCUGGUCUUAUGGGUUUUUAAUCCUUUUUCUUAAUUAAUUAAUGUAUACAGACUAUAAAUUAAUCAGCCGGUCAAUAUUUUUUAGUUAAAAGUAUCAGCAAACGUGUUGAAUUACUGGGUACAUUUUAUCCCCAUAAUUAUUUUUUUAAACAACUAUUAUUAGUUAUUACUGCCUUUUCUUAUAUGCCC